GCCCGGCUCCUCCCCAGGCCUGGGGUCUGGGAGCGGAAAUUCCUGCGCGGGCGGGACGGAACCGGCGCAGAUCCGAACCGGCUGGCCGCGGCCAUGGAGCCAGUAGCGACCUGGACCCCCGAGAAGGUGGCAACUUGGCUGAGAGGCCUUGAUGAUUCCCUGCAGGACUAUCCCUUUGAGGGCUGGGAGCUACCUGGCAAGUACCUGCUCCAGCUCUGUCCCCACAGCCUUGAGGCUCUGACUGUGUGGCCUCUGGGCCACCAGGAGCUAAUCCUGCAAGGGGUGGAACAGCUCCAGGCCCUAAGCUCCGGGCUACAGACACAGAACCUACGGAGCCUGACAGAGAGGCUGCUGGAGAAGACCCGUGCCCUCCAGAGCUUAGUGCAGGACCACCUGUGGAGUGCCGAGCCCCCAGCCAAUGUCCUCAGCAAAGCUGUGGAGCUGGUGCAUGCGGCCCAUACCCUCCUCUUCUGGCUCAACAGGUACCUCUUCUCCCACUUAAACGACUUCUCAGCCUGCCAGGAGAUUGGGGAGUUGUGUGGGGAGCUGGGCCAGGCCUUGCAGGAGGACAUUCCAGCGGCUGAGAAGGAGAGCAAAGUCCUGAGGAUUUGCAGCCACGUAGCUGGGAUCUGCCACCACAUCCUGAGCUACAGCCCCUAUGAGCUGCUGGAACAGAGGGCCGUGCUAGAGCGCGUUCAGCUGGAUGAUCCUUUGGGCCUGGAAAUCCACACCACCAGCAACUGCCUACACUUCGUGACCCAAGUAGGCACCCAGGUCCCCACCAACUCCGGGCUGCAGAUCCUGCCUGGAGACGAGAUUGUCCAGGUCAACGAGCAGGUGGUGGUGGGCUGGCCCCAUAAGAACGUGGUGAGGGAGCUGCUGCGGGAGCCAGCCAGGGUCAGCCUAGUGCUAAAGAAGGUGCCCGUGCCGGAGACCCCUCCACAGACCCCGCCUCAGGCCCUGGGCUCCCCACACCUGAGGACACCAUUGCUGACCCCACAGUCUCCCAGGUCCCCAUCUGAAGAUAUCUUUGCUUUCAACCUGACUUCAAACCCAAGUCCUGGACCCAGUUCUGCCUGGACAGCUAUUUUCAAACCCCGACCAGGUGGUUCUACCUCCCUUGACCCUGAGGCCUGUCUGCCCAUCCUCCCUGCGUCCCCAGCCAAAUUCCCAGCAGGGGCAGCAGAGACCCAGGAGCCCCCAGAACACCCUGACGAGAGUCCUGUCCCUGGUCGGAAGAAAUCAAAAGGCGUGGCGAUGCGACUGAGCCGCCGGCGGGUGUCAUGCCGGGAGCUGGGCCGGCCGGACUGCGAUGGCUGGCUUCUGCUGCGCAAGGUGGCCAGUGGCUUCAUGGGCCCACGCUGGCGCCGCUGCUGGUUUGUACUCAAGGGACACACACUCUACUGGUACCACCAGCCCCAGGAUGAGAAGGCAGAGGGCCUCAUCAAUGUCUCCAACUACAGUCUGGAAAGUGGACAGGAUCAGAAGAAAAAAUAUGUGUUCCAGCUCACCCAUGAUGUGUACAAACCCUUCAUCUUCGCUGCUGAUACCCUAGCAGAUUUGAGCAUAGUUGCUCUGAGGAUUAAAUUAGAUCACAUGAAUGAAAAUCCCCUGGCAUACAGUAAAUGGAAACUCCCCCUGAGACCCAUUUGCCCCUCCACAGACUGCUACAGUGAGACAGAAGCAGAAGACCCGGAUGAUGAGGCUGGCUCUCGCUCAGCUUCGCCCAGCCCAGCCCGAGCUUGGAGUCCACUCCGUGGAGACACAUCACCUGUAGCCACCCCCACCCAGGGCAGCCCACGGACCUCCUUUGGCCCUCUAACAGACAACAGUGAAGGGGCCCUGGAAGGAAUGGUAUGGGGGCUGAAGCAGGGUGGUGUGUCCCUCCUGGGCCAGCUGCAGCCUCUCACCCAUGAACAAUGGCGGAGCUCUUUCAUGCGCCGCAACCAAGACCCCCGGCUCAAUGAGCGAGUGCACCGUGUGCGGGCACUGCAGAGCACACUCAAGGCAAAACUGCAGGAGCUGCAGGCCUUGGAGGAAGUGCUAGGAGACCCUGAGCUGACCGGAGAGAAGUUCCGACGGUGGAAGGAACAGAACCAGGAGCUCUAUUCAGAGGGCCUGGGGGCCUGGGGGGUGGUACGGGCCGAGAGUACCUCCCAAGUCACAGCCUCUAACUCCAGAAUACAGUCUUCCCAGCCCAUGCCUUCUGACCCUGAGGAGCACUCCCAUCUCUGCUCCCUAACCCCAGAGAGCAACCGCCAACCUCCUGGCCUCUGACCCUGCCCAGCACCCUAGCUUCUGACCUCCAGCCUUGAGGACCGCCUCAACCCCCAGCCUCUGACAUGUCUAGGACACAGCAUCCCUGGGUUCUGUUCACAGUUGGAAACAGGGCUAGUCCAUGAUUUCACCCCAAGCUGACCCUUUCUGCCUGAGCCUCCACCGUUUCUGCUCCUCUCUUCCCUGCAGUGGGGUAAAGUGAAGUGGGCUCCGUGCCUCCCCUCCCUCUCCUCCCUUGCCAAUGAAGGAACAGAAGGCUGGGCUGAAAGAAACUCUCCCACCCUGUCCUCUGACGUGUGGGGCACAAACGUGACCCCCUCAGUCCCUUGGCACUUUUUCCCCAAACCAACCUAUACAGGUGUUCAUUCACUUUACCCAAAAGACACUUUUCAACCAAAUAAAGUCAGUUUCUUUAAA